UUGGGUAUGUCAAUAUGCUAUCGGUGUCAGUCUUAUUUUCAAACCAAACCUAUACAUUAGUCAAAACGUUACAACAAUUUAUUCAACCACGAAAAAUCAAAAACCAAAGAUAUAAAGGAGGCACGCCAAAUAUUUUGCCCACGUGAAAGUUGAGAUAAUGGAUCAUCAACCGGAAAUCAAUACUCAGCGAGAUGUGUAUCAGGUGGACGCGCUGUCAGCCAAUAACAACGCUCCGGCCGUGAUGGAUCGGCGGCCACCCUCGAAGAAACCACGCAAGAAAAAACGGAAGUGCAUGGACUACGUGCGAAAGACGAUACCGUCCAUCGACUGGCUGUUCCUCAAUUACCACUGGUCCGAGGACUUUGURGAGGACACGAUGGCCGGCAUCGCGGUGGCCGUGUUGAACAUCCCGCAGGGUAUGGCCUACUCGAUCCUCGGUAACGUCGAACCAACCGUCGGCCUUUACAUGGCCGUGUUCCCAGUGCUUGUCUACAGUCUGCUUGGAACGUCCCGCCACAUAUCACUGGGCGUGCUGUCCGUCCUGUGCCUGAUGACCGGUAAAGUGGUGACCAUGUACGCGACCGACGACACCACGGCCGAAUCCGGAACCGGUUACACGGCCAUCCAGGUGGCGACCGCCGUCACGAUGGUGGCCGGGCUCGUGCAGCUGCUCAUGUACGUGUUCCGACUGGGGCUGCUGUGCACAGUGCUGUCGGAGACGCUGGUCAGUGGCUUCACCUCGGCGGUGGCCAUUAUCGUGUUAACGUCACAGAUAAAGGAGUUGCUGGGCCUGGAUAUUCCACGGCGGACUGGCAUGAUGCAGGUGCCGAACUCGUUAUACGAUUUCACCAACCGUUUCCACACGAUCAACUUGAUGACGACAGCCGUGUCUGUAACGACCAUUGCCAUCCUGUUGGUAUACAACAAGUACCUGAAGGAGAAGAUCAACAGCAAACUGUGCAUGCCUCUGCCAAUUGAACUGAUCGUGACGAUCAUUGCCACCGUUUUAUUUCAAGUGACCACGAUUGCCAAGGACUAUAACAUGGUUCAGAUGGGCGUGAUCAAAUCWGGCCUGCCGGCGUUCGAAGUGCCACCAGUCAAACUCUUCUCAGUCGUGUUCAURGACGCUUGUAUGAUCGCGCUGGUCGGGUACUCGAUCACCAUGUCACUGGCGUUGCUUGUGUCGGAAAAACUAAAAUACCCGUUGGAUACGAACCAGGAGCUGCUGGCCCAGGGCCUCGGCAACGUCGUCGGAUCGUUCUUCUCGUGCCUGCCCAGUGGCGCGUCGCCGUCGCGCAGUGCCUCCCAGCAGACGGUCGGUGGUAAAACACAGAUGGCCAGCAUCGUGUCCGCGGGAAUCAUAGUGAUCGUGCUGCUCUGGAUUGGCGUCGUCUUCGAACAGCUGCCCAGGUGCGUGCUGUCCAGCAUCAUCGUGGUGGCGCUCAAGGGGAUCCUGUUGCAAGUGUUGGACUUCCCGGAGAUAUGGCGAAAGUCGAAGACCGAUGGCACCGUGUGGAUAGCAACGUACUCUACCACCAUAGUGUUGGACACCGAUACGGGGCUGCUUUUCGGCGUGUCCGUGUCGCUGCUGAUCGUGUUCGUCAAGGGGGUGAUGAACGAAGUGCACGUGCUCGGCCGGUUACCGGACACAGACCUGUACGUGAGGUUGGACCUGUACAGCGACGCCGCCGAAGUGCCCGACGUCAAGAUCGUCCGGUACACCGGCAGCCUGAACGUGAUCAACCGGUACAUGUUCAAGAAGAAGCUGAAUGAGGUGAUGAGAGACGACGAGGACGCGCCCAUCACCAUGACCGUGACUGUGGUCGAUACCAAGAACGCGACCGGCGGCCGGCGAACUCGGCGCGUGGUCCUGGACAUGGCGGCCCUGCAGUACGCCGACGCGGCUGGCGUGAAAGUUCUGUCCGAUUCCAUCGAAUCGCUCGUGUCCAACGGGUUCGACGUAUAUCUGGCCGCUGUGCCCGAAAGCUCGUUGGAGUACAUCCGCUGUAAUAAUAACGUGAAAUCUGUGCGAUUCUUCCCGACCGUACACGACGCGGUCGUCUUCCAUCAGUGCAGUAGCAAAAAAAUCCAAGACUCGACGUAUGACUCACAACCGAUCAAAACACCAAAUGGCUUGUAAACGAGUAAGCGACGCACACAUUAGUGCUGUAAAUAUUUUUUUUCAAUUGAAAAAUCUUUUUUUUUUAUUAUUAUUAUUUUUUUUUUUUGUGAAA